AUGAAGAAUAGUCCCAUUCAGCAUAAGAGACCAUCCUCUCCAGUGCCGAGCUGUGUGUCCAUGAAGAGUGACCGAUCCAUGGAUCACCCCUUUCAACAAUUCAGAGGAGAUGAUCCUGCUGGUCAGAGUUCCAUGCAGCAUAAGAGACCAUCCUCUCCUGUGCCAAGCUGUGUGUCCAUGAAGAGUGACUGGUCCAUGGAUCACCCCUUUCAACAAUUCAGAGGAGAUGAUCCUGCUGGUCAGAGUCCCAUGCAACAUAAUAGACCAUCUUCUCCUGUGCCGAGCUGUGUGUCCAAGAAGAGUGACUGGUCCAUGGAUCCCCCUCUGCAUUUCAGAGAAGAUGUUCGUGCUGGCCAGAGUCCCAUGCAACAUAAUAGACCAUCUUCUCCUGUGCUGAGCUGUUUGUCCACCAAGAGUGACUGGUCCAUGGAUCCCCCUCUGCACGUCAGAGGAGAUGUUCCUGCUGGUCAUAGUCCCAUGCAUCAUAAAAGACCAUCCUCUCCAGUACUGAGCUGUGUGUCCAUGAAGAGUGACUGGUCCAUGGAUCCCCCACUGCAUUUCAGAGGAGAUGUUCAUGCUGGUCAGAGCCCUGUGCAGCGUAAGAGAUCUUCCUCUCCAGUGCCGAGCUGUGUGUCCACGAAGACUGACAGGUCCAUGGAUCAGCCUCUGAACUUCAAAGGAGAUGUCCCUGCUAAUCAGAAGUUUGUAUCAAAUACAGGCUACACUGGCUUCUAA